CUUUCUUGGCUCCCUUCCCUGCAGCCGGGGGCGGGGGAGGAGAGAUGCGGGGUGAGGUCACGGCUCCCCUGAGCCUUGCGCUGGGAUUUCAGACCCUCCCGCGGAGCUCCCAGCCCAGAGCGCGGAGCCUUUUGCCGAGCGCUUCCCGCCCCAGCCUCCAGCGCCGGCUGCUGCCCAUGUCUGAACCCGCCGCCAGCUCGGACCUCAAGCGGGCUUGGCACGGCAGCCCCGAGCCCAGCGUCCAGCAUGAGCCCCCGCAGGCCGAGCCCAUGCCCCAGAACUACCUGGUCCUCAGCAUCUUCUCCUGCUUCUGCCCCGCGUACCCCAUCAACAUCGUGGCCUUCGUCUUCUCCAUCAUGGCUUUAAAUAGUUAUAGUCAAGGAGACAUUGAAGGAUCAAGAAGACUGGGUCGCAAUGCACUCUGGGUUGCUGUUGCAUCAAUCAUGAUUGGCCUUCUGAUUAUUGGGAUCUAUUGUGUAGUUCACUUCACAACGCAUGCUAUCUGAAGACCAGGACUGAGCAUGAAGGAUUAUCCUUAUCUAAACUCGGGGAAGGAAAUGCGUGAAGAAGGGGGG